UGGUAAAAUUUGAGUAAAUCGAAAAUUCAUAGUUUUCUCAAAAAAAUUAUUCCGAAUAAGUCCCAAAGUUUGAGAGCCCUUGAACUGAAAUGAAUGAGGUUAACUUAACCUAUAAUAAAAAACAAAGCAAAAAAUGGAAAUUUUGGAACUGUACAGUGGCAUUGGGGGGAUGCAUUGGGCGUUAAAAGUUAGUGGGGUAGAAGGCACAAUUAAAGCAGCAGUCGACAUCAACCCCACAGCCAAUUCAGUCUAUAAACACAAUUUCCCGCACAUAAAUCUACUCAAUCGCAACGUUCAAAGCCUGACACCACAGUUCAUAAAUAAAUUAGGCGUUAACACAAUUCUAAUGUCGCCCCCUUGUCAGCCCUUUACCCGAAACGGCCUUCAGGAGGACAUCAACGAUGAACGAACCAAAUCUUUCAUCCACGUUUUAGCGAUUUUACCUGAUCUCAAAGUGACUAGAAUCUUAAUAGAAAACGUGAAAGGUUUUGAACGGUCAAAAAUGAGGGACUUGUUAAUUGAAACGCUGGAAAAAUGCGGCUUUAAUUACCAGGAAUUUAUUCUCACGCCUACUCAAAUUGGGAUACCUAACACCAGGCAUCGGUACUAUUGUCUCGCCAAAAAACCUCCCAAUGUGUUCAAUUUUAAGACAGGAGUUUUGAAAACGGAAUUUCCUAAUCAACAAAACGCCCCUCAUUGCUUUGAAAUCAGCAAAGUUUUGGAACAAAACGAAUUAACUCCGUAUUAUUUAACCGAUAAAGUUCUAACAAAUUAUUUGGAAACCACAGAUAUACGUUAUAGCACUUCGAGAAACACGUGUUGUUUCACUAAGGCUUACGGACGUUACGUUAAAGGCACCGGAAGUGUUUAUAGCGAUUUGCCCGAAAUUACACCUGAAAUAUUCAACCAACUUUCCGACCACGAGCCUGGAAGUAGCGCCUAUUUGAAAUUAGCACAUGGGUUGAAAAUGCGGUUUUUUACACCUAGGGAGGUUGGCAGGCUAAUGAGUUUUCCUGAAGAUUUUACAUUCCCGGAAAAUACAAGCGAUAAACAAAAGUAUAUGUUACUGGGGAACAGUAUUAACGUCCGUGUUGUAGCAGAAUUAAUAAAACUAUUGCAAUGAUUCAGUCGUU